GAGAUUUGUAUCGAGGUUCAGACGAGAGAGGAUCUUUGAAUACGUCCCUUCAAUUACAGGCAAGACAUUUCAGAUAAGGAAGAAGCAAAGACAAAGAUCCUCCACCUGCUGUGAAUUUUAUUAGUGGACGUUCAUUGUGUAACAAUUAGUUGAUCAGGCAACCAAAGAUGGGAGGGAUGACUUCUACCAAAAACUGCAUGAAAGCGACAAUAAUGAUAGCAAGCGUUCCUGUUAUUGUGAUUGGUGCCAUAGCGUUAGGCAUGGGUCUGUGGAUCGCCUUUGAUAACCCUAGUUUUAUUGGACUAACACAUCUUGAGGAGUUUUCAGUGGUCGAUCAGUCGUUCGUCAGGAAUGGAGCAUAUAUUGUCAUUGCUGGUGGCGCAUGCGUAUUAGCCUUCGGAAUAUAUGGUGUAAUCGCUGCUGCGACAGAAAGUCCAGUAUUGCUAGGAGUGUAUGUGACGCUGCUUUCACUCGUUAUGGCCAUUGAAGUUGCAGCUACAGUUCUUGGUGUGGUCUUCAAACACAUGUGGGAACAGAACAUGGAGGAAUCUGUGAUUGAGAAGAUAGCGGAGAGAUAUGAUGGUAUUCUGAACAGUGAGGACUUUUUCACCUACCACUACAACAACUUUCAGCAAGAGAUGGAAUGCUGUGGAUUUUACGACUACAAGGAUUUCGUUACCAAUGCUACAAAAUGGAACCGGACUGUGGACUCGUCGGUCGCUAUGGUGAUCCCUCCCGCGUGCUGUAGACCUUCUCCCUCGAGUAACGACACAUCUACCCUACAGAACUGUGUGUACAGCCCUACAGCGGACAACGCCUUCCUAACGGGCUGUAAGGGCGCCAUAGAGGACCUAUUCUAUCGAUAUGAGUGUGUGAUUAUUGGUGUAGCAUCUGCUAUCGUGUUUUGUCAGCUGUUGAUGAUGGUUCUGACUCUAGUGAUGUUGUGUACGAAGGUCGACAACUCCUACACAUUUAAAGACGGGAAACAGAUAUGAUUGAAUCCUUUCAAACACAACACGUCUCCUUCAGGAACAAUAUGAAUUUCACCGAUUAUAAGGGGAAACAUUAUUGACCGAUUUUCCGUCGACAGUUCCCCGUUAACAAUUCUGUUAGGACUGUACAAAUCUAGCUUUUCUGUUCUGACGACCUUUAACAACCAAACUCUAUUUGACACUCCUCAAGUUCUGCCCUGAUUUCAGGAAAGAAAGAUACAAUAAUAUCAUGAUCAUUAUUUAUAUAGAUGAACUUGAUUACAACAGUUUGCACUUACAGUUUGUGUAUUAUAUAUCCCAUUUAAAUGGUCCAAUCACUAAUUCACGCCAAGUUAAUAAUAAUUUGCCUCCAAACACUUUCCUACAUCGUUCCACCACUUCAUUAACCAAUUUCGAACAUGGUGGCCUUGGUUGAUGAAAAUACCAAGUGUGUGUACCAAGCGGUACAAAUACGAAGGGCGGAAAAAUAGCAUUUCGAUUGUUUUUGCUUUAUAAUCCAUGUUUUGUAUUUUACCCGACAGCUAUUUUCAAUCCGAUUUUUUACCGGAUUAAACGCGAUUUUGUAUCCUUGAUUGUAACUUUUGAGAUUAACUGGCGGAUUCAUGAAAUAGAGGUAAUAACAUGACACUGUUUAAAUUUGAUAUAGAUAUCCGACAUGGGAAGUUAGAGGAAACACGGCGCCCGUCAUAAGUUCCCCGCCAUAGAUUUUAUAAGCAUUUCAAUCUGUUGGAAUAUCGUGACAAUGAAAAAAUAUCCAUGACCGACGAUCAUAUCUACCUGCUGUGCAUAUAUCUACCUCUGUCUGUGUUUAGACGUAUUUACCUGUCUGUGUAGAUAUCUACCUGUGUUUAGACGUAUUUACCUGUCUGUAGAUAUCUACCUGUCUUUAGACGUAUUUACCUGUCUGUAUAGAUAUCUACCUGUCUUUAGACGUACUUACCUGUCUGUCUAGAUAUAUAUACCUUUUCUAUAAGCGUAUCUACCUAUAUACAGACUAUUUUCUGUCUAUAGACGUAUCUUCCCUCAAUGUAGAUAUCUACAAUGUACCUGUCGAUAGACGUAUCUAACUGUGUAGAUACAUGUAACUACCUAUGUAUAGACUAUCUACCUGUUUGUGUAGACGAUACCUAUCUUUAGACUAUCUACCUGUUUGUGUAGAUGAUACCUAUGUAUAGACUAUCUACCUGUUUGUGUAGAUGAUACCUGUCUAUAGACUAUCUACCUGUUUGUGUAGAUGAUAUCUAUUUAUAGACUAUCUACCUGUUUGUGUAGAUGAUACCUGUCUAUAGACUAUCUACCUAUUUGUGUAGAUGAUAUCUAUCUAUAGACUAUCUACCUGUUUGUGUAGAUGAUACCUAUCUUUAGACUAUCUACCUGUUUGUGUAGAUGAUACCUAUGUAUAGACUAUCUACCUGUUUGUGUAGAUGAUACCUGUCUAUAGACUAUCUACCUGUUUGUGUAGAUGAUAUCUAUUUAUAGACUAUCUACCUGUUUGUGUAGAUGAUACCUGUCUAUAGACUAUCUACCUAUUUGUGUAGAUGAUAUCUAUCUAUAGACUAUCUACCUGUUUGUGUAGAUGAUACCUAUUUAUAGACUAUCUACCUGUUUGUGUAGAUGAUACCUGUCUAUAGACUAUCUACCUAUUUGUGUAGAUGAUAUCUAUCUAUAGACUAUCUACCUGUUUGUGUAGAUGGUAUCUAUAGACUAUCUACCUGUUUGUGUAGAUGAUACCUGUCUAUAGACGUACAUGUAUAUACAUGUUUGUGUAGAUGAUAUCUAUCUAUAGACUAUCUACCUGUUUGUGUAGAUGAUACCUAUUUAUAGACUAUCUACCUGUUUGUGUAGAUGAUACCUGUCUAUAGACGUACAUGUAUAUACAUGUACAUGUUUGUGUAGAUGAUAUCUAUAUAUAGACUAUCUACCUGUUUGUGUAGAUGAUACCUAUCUAUAGACUAUCUACCUGUUUGUGUAGAUGAUACCUGUCUAUAGACGUACAUGUAUAUACAUGUACAUGUUUGUGUAGAUGAUAUCUAUAUAUAGACUAUCUACCUGUUUGUGUAGAUGAUACCUAUCUAUAGACUAUCUACCUGUUUGUGUAGAUGAUACCUACCUUGUAUCUAUAUACCAUCUACCUAUUUGUGUAGAUGAUAUAUAUCUAUAGACUAUCUACCUGUUUGUGUAGAUGAUACCUGUCAGUAGACGUAUAUACCUGUUUGUGUAGAUGAUACCUAUAUAUAGACUAUAUACCUGUUUGUGUAGAUGAUAUCUAUCUAUAGACUAUCUACCUGUUUGUGUAGAUGAUACCUACAUUGUAUCUAUAUACCAUCUACCUAUUUGUGUAGAUGAUAUAUAUCUAUAGACUAUCUACCUGUUUGUGUAGAUGAUACCUAUAUAAAUGUAUAACCUUAUACAAAUGUAUUCAUCAUUAAGACAGCUUCCCAGACCGAUCAGAUGACGCCUAUGGAUUUUCACAUGAUACUCGUCCGUUCAAUGAGCUUUCAAAUUAAUUAAAAUGUUUCUUCAAUGAUACCACAAAUAUAUUUUCCAAUUUCUUUACAUCAAAGACCAUGCAUAUAUGUUAUUAAUGAAAAUACGGAUCAACAUAGUAACAUGACUAUGGCUAAUCUGAUGGAAUUCUAAUAUUUUGUCAGAGUAGUUUUGGAAAUAAUGUAAUUUAAAAAAAUGUCCAUCUACCACAGCAGGAUACAUAUAAUGUCUUUUAUAAAUGAAAAACCUCGAUGAUAAUUUGCUUUCUCCAAAAUAACGGUAAAGCAAUGAAAAGCAUGUUGCAUGUCCUUUGAUGCCGACAGUGAACCACAUAUCGAUCGGAGGAGAUGCUAUGAUCACACGUGAGAGACAUAGGUUAUGUACGACCUGACGAAUCUGAUCCAAGAAGAUACCUGUUUGAUGACAGUAACGAUGUGUAAUUAUACUGGUAUAACCUAUUGACAGGAAAUUAACCACAGUCGUGUUACAGGGACAAUGAUGUUUACAAUAUGUUAAUGUAUAUAACUAAGCUAUCACUAUUCUCUUGUUGAUGAUAUUUAAGGGCUCAUCUAUUGUCUCACUUUAGUAUUUUAUAGAGAUGACAUAGUUUUUGACAUAGUUUUAAAUGAAAACAUGUCUUAGUUUGGUAUUUUAUAGAUAUGACAUAGUUUGACAUGAAAACAUAUCACGCUAUCGCUCCAUGUGAUGUUUGUAUGCAAAGUCCUGUCAUUUACAUCGAUCUAAAUACCAUGAAAAUGAUUUUAAAUGAGUGCCUUAGAUAGAACAGACAAUUCCACGGUGAAAUAUCGCUGUUUCUAUGGGUAACACAAUGACUUCAAACUAGGUACAAGACGUCACAUUGUGUACACGACGUCACAUUGUGUACACGAUGGGUGUCAUGGAA